AUGAAAGAGCUAAGCAGAGAGGAACGGCUAGGGGGGGCAACGAAGGAGAAAGGUGUGCGUGAGACAGCUGGAAAAAAAAUAGAGAGAGAGCGGCUGGGUUUUUGGCAGAAGAGCUUCGAGAGGAAGAAGGGAAGAAAAUGGCUGCUGAAAGAGGGUGGUGAGCAGAGGCAAAACGAGAGAGCAAAGGGCCAUAUCAAGUGGUUCAAUGACCAGAAAGGCCCUGGAUUCAUCACUCCUACUGACGAUGGCAAAUCUUUGUUCGUCCACCACUCUGGGAUUAAGGCCGGCAGUGGCGGGUUUCGCAGUCUGGGCAAGUAUGAAAUCGUCAAGUUUGAAGUGGAGCAAGGUGGUGAUGGCCAUACCAAGGCCAUCGAUAUCACUGACCCAGAUGAAGGACCUGUUCAAGGAGGAAAUGAGCAACGGACGGAGGAGAAGAAGGCUACGAACAAACUGAAAAGGAAAUGA